GAGUUGCUUAAAACCCACUAAAUUGCUCCUCUACUUCCCUCCCUUUCAUUCCCACACUCUUAUAUUGACUUCAAUCAUAAGCAUACCAUUUCAAUCUCUCCCUCCACUCCCUUCAAAUCAAUAUCCAUUUAUAUUUCCAGUUCUUUCUCUCCCUCUCAACUCUAACAAAUUAACCAUCAAUUCUGCUGAAAAAAAAAAGAUCGAAAAUGGGCCGACAUUCAUGUUGUGCUAAGCAGAAGUUAAGGAAAGGUCUUUGGUCACCUGAAGAAGAUGAGAAACUAUUCAACCACAUCACUAGAUAUGGUAUUGGUUGCUGGAGCUCUGUUCCUAAACAAGCAGGAUUGCAAAGAUGUGGGAAGAGUUGCAGAUUAAGAUGGAUAAAUUACUUGAGGCCAGACCUUAAAAGAGGAGCCUUUUCACAAGUGGAAGAGGACUUGAUCAUUGGAUUGCAUGAGAUUUUAGGCAAUAGGUGGUCUCAGAUUGCAGCUCAAUUACCAGGACGGACUGAUAACGAGAUCAAAAACUACUGGAACUCAUGUCUCAAGAAAAAGCUUAAGCAAAAGGGCAUUGACCCAAGCACUCACAAGCCAUUGAUUGAGAUAGAACCACUAGAACCACAAGAACAAAAGCCAGAUGUAAAGGAUUCUAGGACAAACUCUUUCAAACCUGUCUUUAAUCCAUUCCCUAUGUGUGAAUUCGAGGCGGUUAUCGAUACAUUGGAGACCAACAUUAACCUUUACAACCAACUCCAGCAGAAUUUCAGACCUUUUGAUCCGAAUGUAUUUGCUGCAAACUCCGAAUUCGAUCUUAUUCAGCCUCAUGAUUCAGGACUUUUUGACUAUAAUACUGUUUUUGAUGUUUCGGAGAGCUAUGGUACCGGAGAAAGCUCAAGUAACAGUAGUAACUGGAACUGCAAUUUAGGAACUCAAUUGAACAAUGUCAUAUGCAAUGAAACAGUGAACUGGAGUUCUGAAACCAAUAAAUUGGAAGCAUUAUUCCAGAUGGAGGUGAAUGCAACAGUGCAAGCUCAACAAGGCAAGAAGGAGCUUUAUCCAUGGCCGCAAGAACAACAGCAGGAGCAGAACUCAGAGGAUUACAAUAGCUUCCCAUCACAGUCGCGCUCUCAAGAGAUUUCCGACGGGUGUUUCGACCUAUCUCAAGGACAAUUUGACGCUGAUUUUCUUUAAUAUCCAGCACAUAUUUUGUCUUUCUUUACUGUUUUAUAUAAUUUUACAUUGUUUUGAGCUUCAUAGAGACAUGAUUCAUAUCUAUAUUUGAGGUGUGUAAUUACAGUAUAUUUCUGAAUGUGAAUGGGUUUGUUUAAACU